AUGGCAGAGGUUAUAGAAGAGCUAAAGAGAACCAAGGACAUAGCCCUCCCAAUAGCUGCCAUAGCCUUGGUUGGUUACCUUAAGAACAUGAUCUCAGUGGUGUGCAUGGGGAGACUGGGCGCACUGGAGAUGGCUGGAGGUGCGCUUGCCAUCGGUUUCACCAACAUCACCGGAUACUCAAUCCUCUCAGGCCUUGCCAUGGGGAUGGAGCCCAUCUGCAGCCAGGGUUUCGGCUCUCACAACCUCUCCCUAGUAGUCAUCACCCUGCUAAGAACUAUUCUCAUGCUGUUAUGUGCCUCUAUCCCCAUCGGAUUUCUCUGGGUUAACCUCGAACCCAUCAUGCUUAAGCUUCAUCAGAACCCAGAAAUCUCACAAGUUGCUGGUCUCUACUGCCACUUUGCCCUCCCAGACCUUAUACUGAAUAGCUUUCUUCAUCCACUGCGGAUCUACUUACGUAGUAAAGGUACAACCUGGCCAUUAAUGUGGUGCACUCUACCAGCAGUCCUUCUGCACCCACCCAUUACCAUCUUCUUAGCAUUCAACCUCGGCCUCGGAGUGUCUGGAAUUGCAAUAGCCACGAUCAUCACCAACUUCAACACCCUUCUCCUCCUCGUAUGCUACAUGUUCUGCACUCGCACCUCCGACGAACCUCUGUACGCGCCACUGCUGUCACCUGCAGCAUCUCCGCCUCCAACAAUCUCACUGGUGGGAGGGGAAUGGGGGAAGCUGCUUCGACUCUCUCUGCCGAGUUGUCUUGCUGUUUGUCUAGAGUGGUGGUGGUACGAGUUCAUGACCCUCGUAGCCGGAUAUCUCUACAACCCUCGAGUAAGCCUAGCGACGUCAGCUAUUGUAAUACAAACAACAUCUCUCAUGUACACAUUGCCUACCGCCGUCGGUGCCUCAGCCUCAACGCGCGUGGGCAACGAGCUCGGCGCAGGCAGAGCGAACAAGGCUCGUCUAGCAACAAUAGUGUCCAUGGCGCUGGCUGUUGCAGUUUCCGUCGUGGGGUUUCUGUGGUGCAGUCUGGGCAGAGAAGCAUGGGGGAGAGUGUUCACCCAAGAUGCACAGGUUCUAGAGCUGACCAUGGUGGCCUUACCCAUAAUUGGUCUCUGUGAAUUGGGGAAUUGCCCUCAGACAACGGGCUGCGGCGUGCUCCGAGGAAGCGCCAGGCCCACGGUCGGUGCCGCAAUAAACUUCUACGCCUUCUACUUGGUGGGCACACCCGUGGCCCUGGUGUUGACCUUCGUCUUGGAAAUGGGUUUUACUGGUCUGUGCUAUGGCCUUCUAGCGGCUCAAAUUGUGUGUGCCUUGUCAAUUGUCACAGUGAUCUGCAGGACGGAUUGGGACAGAGAGUCAUCCAACGCCAGGGACCUAGUUGGGACACAUGAAGACCAGACAACAACUUCCAGAGAACAAGAUGCGUUUCUUAAACUAGCUUGUCUGACGUGA